AUGCCUACAAACUCAAUGACCGACUACGUACCGCAGGCGGUGCCUAUUCCUCAAGCUCCAGAUACCUCGUUCUGGUCUGAGUUACAAUGGAAGACUCUCUUUGCGAUCUGUGAUGCGAUUGUACCGUCUAUUCGGACUGCGCCCCAGUCCUUAAAUGACAAAGUCAUCUCGAAGAUUGAAUAUGAUGCGGCACUUGAUAAGCUCACAUCCCUGGUUUCGGGCCCAGAUGCGAAACAGGUUGCGGUUCAGUACCUGGAGGAGAAUGUUUCUACUAACCCCGCUUUUCGUGCUAUCGUGGAGCGGACCGUGGGUCAUUACGUGCACGACGAAGGCAGGAAUGGCCUUGGUUUAAUUUUGAACGCGUUGAAUACUCGGGCCGGCUCGCUGAUUCUAACUGGCUCCACAACCCCCCUCCAUCAGCAACCUGUUGCUUUCCGGGAGAAAGUAUUCCGGGGCUGGGACACUUCUCGGCUUUCUCCUCUGCGUAACACCUUCCGAGGCUUGACAGCAAUUGUGAAAAAGUCAUGGGUGUUGGCCAGUCCCAAUAUCGACAAAGUUCUCGGCUUUCCACGUGUGCCUGUUCAUGGAAAGCCUGCUGAUGGAUUCCCUCAUGAAUUCUUGCAGAUUCCGCCCGGUGAUGGCCCCGAGACAAUUGAAACUGAUAUCGUUAUCGUUGGCAGUGGCUGUGGUGGAGCAGUUACUGCGAAGAACCUCGCCGAGGCUGGGCUUCGAGUGCUUGUGGUUGAAAAGUCAUAUUCCUACCCAUCCAAGACAUUUCCCAUGACAGCAAAUGAAGCCUACGUGAAUAUGUUCGAGGCUGCAGGUGCCGUUGUCAGUGAUGACGGUGCGACGGUUGUCCUCGCGGGCUCGACAUGGGGUGGUGGCGGUACUGUUAAUUGGUCUGCCGCCUUACAGACUCAAGGUUAUGUUCGCCAGGAAUGGGCGGAUGGAGGUCUCCCACUCUUCACAUCUUGGGAUUUCCAGAGAAGCCUGGACCGUGUCUGCGACCGGAUGGGUGUCAAUACUGAGCAUGUUCGGCAUAAUGUUCAGAACAAUGUGAUUCUGGAGGGCGCACGAAAGCUAGGCUAUGCAGCUAAAACAGUUCCACAGAAUACCGGAAAUGCAGAGCAUUACUGUGGAUACUGCACUACGGGCUGUGCGGCCGCCGGCAAGAAAGGCCCAACAGAAACCUUUCUUGCAGAUGCUGCGAAGGCAGGCGCCACUUUCAUCGAGGGAUUCCGUGCUGACAAGGUCUUGUUCGACAAGAAGGGCGCAAAUCAGAAGGCCAUCGGUGUGGAAGGAACCUGGACGUCCCGAGAUCAGUAUCUCGGCCUUGGUGGAAGUGGUUCCACGCAAAGAAAGGUGAUUAUCAAGGCCAAGAAGGUUGUCGUUUCAUCUGGAACAUUGCAGAGCCCUCUUUUGCUGCUUCGAAGUGGUCUCAAGAACUCCCAGAUUGGUCGGAAUCUGCAUUUGCAUCCGGUCAUAGGCGCCGCUGCUCUUUUUGACGAGGAUACUCGCCCAUGGGAAGGCUCAGCAUUGACCACGGUGGUUAAUGAAUUCGAAGAUCUUGAUGGGCAUGGUCAUGGUGUUAAGCUCGAAUCAGCGUCAAUGCUGCCAUCUGUCUUUAUUCCUAUUUUCCCCUGGAAAGAAGGUCUGGAUUACAAGCUGGCUGCGGCCAAAAUGCGUCGUAGUACAAGCUUCAUCACAUUGACAAAAGACCGAGACAGCGGACGUGUAUACCCAGACCCGAAUGAUGGACGUGUCCGCAUCGACUACCAGGUCUCCAGCUUUGACCGACGGCAUAUCGUGGAAGGCUUAAUUGCUGCCGCCAAGAUUGCCUAUAUCUCUGGAGCUAAGGAAUUCGCCACCACCUAUCGCGAUAUUGAACCGUUUGUGCGGGAGGAUUCAUCAGACCAUGACUCCCCUGAGGGAACCAACAACGUUGCCUUGCAGAAAUGGAUCGCUGAGCUGCGUCGGAAAUCACCUCUAGACGCAGAGAAGGCACUUUUUGCCAGUGCUCACCAGAUGGGUACCUGCCGAAUGGGCAAGUCCCCUAAGACGAGCGUUGUGGACCCACAUUGCCAGGUCUGGGGUACUGAUGGAUUGUAUGUUGUGGAUGCAUCUGUGUUCCCUAGUGCCAGUGGUGUGAACCCAAUGGUUACGAAUAUGGCCAUUGCCGACUGGGCCAGUCGAAAUCUCGCCCGGCUCAUGAGCCAACCGCGAACUGAAACGAGCCGUCUGGCGCGUCUCUAG